CUUUCCCCAAUUCUUUUAUCUCUCCACUUCACCUUCACUGCGUCCUUUAACCUAAUUUAUUCCUAUGCAUUCAUUAUUGUACCUUCUUCCAGAUAACUCUCACCCAUAGCAAAUCCCCAUCUCUUUCUCUAUUGGUUGGUUUCUUUUGCUCUCAAAAUUUCCUUUAUCGUUUGGGAGUAGUUAUCAAAACCCUCUUCCCCAAAGGCUAUAUUAUUGUUUAUGCACAACUGUUUCAAUUGUUAUCAAAACCCUCUUCCUCAGAGCUAUAGGAUGAAUCAAGCGGCAGCUCUUAAGAGAAAAGUUUCGAAUCCAAACAAUGCUCAAAGUUCAAUGAAAAAUAUAGGUUUCGAUUUCCAAUACCGAUCAAGUGCCGAACUAGCCAAAAAAAUUCAGAUUAAGAGAGAAAAGCUUGUAAGUGAUCGCAACGAUAAAGCUGCUAAAGAGCAGGCAUUACUUGGAGUUAAAAGGAAGAAUUGCAUGUCUGCAACAUUAGAAGGACAAAGUAGACAGAGGUUAACUCAAUUCGAUGUGUCAGUUCAAAAGUUAGGAAGAAAUAGAUUACCGGUGUACAAAUCAAUCCAAUCGUCUUCAAGGGAAGAUCUGAACACUUCACAUAAUAUUGCAAGUAAAGGACAAAUUAAACAAAGGUCAAUUCAAUUGGAGGAUCCCAUUCAAAAGCAAAGAAUGAGCAAAUUACUUGUGCCCACAUCCAUGAUCCAAUCAUCUGCAAAGGUAGAUCCUAACACAUUACAUAUGAUUAGAAGAACACAAGGUGAUGGAGAGAAACAAAUUUAUAUUCAGGAGCUACAAAAUUGCAAAAAUUUAAAGAUAAACUCAGUCCUACCGUCGACGAGUGUUAAUCAAUUUCUUAAAAAAUAUGGGAUACAAGUUGGUGGUGAAAAACAUCCUGAUAAUCACCCAAAAAAUGAAAUGAGAUUUAUGUCCUCUCCUAUUAUUGAUGAGCGUGAAAUAGAAUUGGAUAAUUUUGCUGCACAAGAUGAAGUUGGUGAUGAUGAAUUUAUUGGAGAUGAGGAUAUGAACAUCGAUAGUGCUGCAAGUGGGACAUCAGAGAAGAAAAGAGUUCGAGGUAAGCAACAUGUAAGAAUAUUCAUGCAAGAAGUUUCGAAAAAAGAGAGGAGGUGACAUUUGAUAAAGGACAAGCAGUUGGACCAACUGACAAGAGAGUGUCUGAUUUGACCAACUUUUUAGUAACAAUUGCAAGGAAUCCAAGAUUUAUCCCCUUGGU